AGAGAGAGGCAGAGAAAGCUGCGUUCAGGGUGGGAUGAUGACAGCCCCUGGCUCUGCAUUGCUGACGAAAGCUGCUUAACUCCUCAGUUGCUAUGGCAACCAGGGAGAGCAGCCAGACAAAAAAACGAGGCAAAGGGGAGGGGCUUUCAAGGGAGAAAUAGAGGAGAAAGGGCUGGAUGAGAACGACAGAGAGAGAGAGAGAGAGAGAGAGAGAGAGGGAUACAGACUCAAUCAAGAAACACAAGGAGCAGCAGAGAUAAAGCAGAGCUAAAGACGAAGGAGAUAAAUGCUCACCACACUCACUAUUGGCUGGGGAAUACAAACUGCAGCAAGAGACUGAAGGAUCCAGAGAACGGAGUACACAAAGAGAAGAUGGAUGUACAAACAGAAAACACGGACCCCCCACCCGGUGAAUCCCAGCCGAGUGGAAAAAUACGAAAAGGAUUUAAGCUGUUUGGCAAACGCAAGCCAGGUAACAUCUUUUCAAUUCGGAGCAAAGGGGAUGGGAACAGCAAGUCACCUGUUAUCAGGAGCAACACCCUGGACGGAUUAUCAGAGAAUGCUGCAACAGAUUCAGAGCAGGAUUCAGAGAAGGGACAGGAGGUGAGUCAAGGAGAGAGGGAGCAGGCCGACGAAGAGCCCCUCAGUGAAGAUGGCGUUCUGGCUGCUGCCCCUCCUCGCACCUCCAUUUCUUCAGCCUGCUCAGCCAAGUCCCUCAGCUUCCUGUCAUUACUGAGGGGUGGCAGGAGAGGUGUGGGGGACCGGCGGGUCCACACCGUGUCCCAGCCGGUGGGUCGGCAACGCCGUGGGCUGAAAGGUCUCUUUGGCAGUGUAAAGUUCCGCUCAAAAGACAAAGAGGACAAGGAGGACAUCCCACCAAGCCCGCUUCUCAUGUCGUCCCGUGCCAACAGUGUGGAAAUCAUCAAAGAGGACCUUACCCUCACCCCCAAAUCCCCUCGAUCUCUGGAAAGCCCUGAGACUGAGAGCAGUGAGCACCUCAAGAGUUUAAUGACACCAGACGGGGAUGCCACACCCCCACCAGAGAACACAACUCCCCAGGUAACAACAGGGAAAGUGAGCAGUUCCGAUGAGCCUGCUUCUGAACCACCUUUGGUACCUGGGGAUACCAGCCUGAGCUCCUUGUUGGCAGACAUAUCCUCUCUCUUGACCUUUGACUCAAUCUCAGGGGGUAAGGACAUCAUGGCUGAUGUGGAGGCAGAGUGGGGAAAAGCCAGCAGUGGCAUAAGUGCUGUGGUGAGUGAAGUCCCGUCAUCAUCCACAUCUCUAUUCUCCAAACCCACCAUGUCCUCUCCACUGACUUCUACCUCGGUCAGUGCAGCUGCUAUGGCGAAACCCUAUUCUAGAGCCGCCUCCACGACAGCCCAGAGCCAACCAUUUACUCCUCUGACAAAGUCGACUUUACCCUCUAUCAUCCAAACACCAACCACAUCCUCCACUCUGACACCGAACUCACUCAAAAUGAGCUCGGGUUCUACUACAUCUUCUACUAACACUGAGAAUAAAUCGAACUCAUUAACCACCACAACAAAAAUAUCAACUACCGCUGUCACAUUAACAAGCGUCUCAGCUCCAGUGACGUCUUCCUCGUCCAUCAUAAAUAAACCCACACAGAGCUCCACCUCUGCUACAACCACAGCUCCUCCAAAUGCCCCAGCCACCAUCAAAGCUUCCCUCACUACUCCACCUCUUACCUCAGUGGCCGGCAAAGUGGCUUCAGAGAUUGCAGCACCAACAACAACAAUUGAUUCAGUAAGUAAUGCUAACUUUGUAGCGGCUCUGCCUCCAGUAACACAUAGCCCUCCCUCCCUUAUUACCACCACUACACUGGAUUCAGGUAAUUCAGGUUUGAAAUCUUCCAGUGCAAGAGAUUGUAAAGCUCCAGUGACAGUAACAGCAACCUGUACCGUCACAACCAAACCCUUCUGUCCUCCACCAGUUAUCACCUCCAAGGUGACAACAUUUACCACAUCAGCUGCAACCUCAGGCUCAAAGCCGACUCUUCUCUUGAGCUCAGUGGACCAAAAUAAGACCUGCCCCUUACUGGUCACCGCUCCAGAUCUUUGUCCUCCCGCAACUAAAACUCAACCCAGCCAUGCAUCUGUUUUAGCUCCAUCAUCAACUUCUUCAGAUAGAGUUUCUGCCACAACAAAAUCCAAUGCUGCAGUGGUCUCUGUAGAUAAGAUAACUCCUGCUCCAACACUUACUGCAGCCCCUACUGCUGAUGCUUUUGUUCCCACAGGCCUCCCAACACCUCCUGCUCUGGGUCAUAGCGCUAAAGCUCCCACUGCUCGAGCUGAAAUCCCAAUCUCAGUAUGCCAGGAUACCCCGACUACAACCCACAUCCCAAUUUCUGUAUCUAAAGAUGGUCCUGCCCCUGCUCAGAUCCCUGUUUAUGUAUCAAAAGACACUCCUUUGUCUGCUAAAAUCCCAGUUUGUCAUUCGAAAGCCUCCCCCGUGCCUACGCUUGCAACUUCUCCUCCUUCUCCCACUGCUCCUUGGCCAAGUGAACCCGCAGUCUCUGCUAUAACAAGAGGAAGUGGACAGGUGACAGUUGAUUCAAGUAGCACACCGGGAGGUAUCACGGGUGCUAAAACAGACGAACUGAACAGUGAGACCCGAACAAUCCACCAGUUUGCCUCCAAAGAAAGGAAAACACCACAGGUGAAGGCAUCAGGUCUUAGCAAAAUACCUGUCGUUGGAGGUGGCAGAACAGGCAAGCAAUCUGUCCGAGAGAGCCAACACGUUGAGAAUGAAUCAAACAGAGACCCGCCUACUCCUGUGUUAGAGGAGGAGAGGCAUUUCAACGUACACAAUGCAGUCAGUGAUGUUGAGGCCAAUGUAUCCACCUUAAUACUCACUCAGGAGGAGGAUCAGCAACCAGCCCAGCCAAAGGUUCUCACCAGUUUAGCACGUGACUCCAAGAUCCCCGUGAAACACAGCACACAGUCUCACACUGCCUCCCAAAUCCCUCAACCUAAAGAACCCUCUCGCACCAAGAUACCCGUGUCCAAGGUUCCUGUCCGCAGGGCAGCUCAUAAACCUGCAGCGGCAGGAAGCAGCACCCAGAUCAGAAAAUGACAUGGACUCAAUCAAACGACGAUGACUGAACCUUCCCCUAUUUAACUACAUCGUCGCCUUUUUAAAUUCAUAUUUCUAGAGGGUUUUUCUCCGGCCGUCUCUUGGCUUCACUUCACCAUAAGCAACAGAAACAGAGUCAUGAAGGUCGACAGCACUCAAGCACAAAUCCUCACCACUGGAAGCUGAAGCAACAAGCCCGGCUCUCUGGUGUGGAGCCGACGGGACAUGUACUCAGGAAAGGUUCGGGUCACACCUGAACACACAGCAGCAUCGGCAAGUGAAAAGGUCAUUUGGGAACAAUCUCACACACACAAGGCGAGUGCCUUUCUAAAGGUGCUUUUCCUAAAGACUUUCAGAAUUUAUUCAGUCUUUUCUACAGUGCUUUUAACUUUUGUUACUCCCGGUUUUUGUAGGACGUGUCAAAAAUCAUGUCAUUUCUUUGCAGAAAACCUCUUUGAUAACAAACAAGACCCUUUACUUUUUCUUUAUGCCAGGAGAAGACGAACGGACGCUCUAUAAAUCAAUGCAACAACCAAAUUUACAUUCCGCAUCUGUCUCUGGAUGUAUGUAGCAAGAAAACGUGCCAUUAAGUUUUUGCACAAGAUGUUGAACUGUACAGAGCCUACGUCCACCGCCCCCCCGCCCCCCUCGCUCAUAUGUAACUAGAUCAGAUCUCACAGUGGGACUAUGGGAGAGACUGUGGUUUGAGGGAGAAGGAAGUUGAAAUGGACAAGCGACAGCAGCCAUUAUGAAUGGGAUCUCCCGCUUGUACACUGACAUCCACCCUUACCCCGGUAAUAUUAUAAGAUGAGAACAAUAUCUCGGUGUCUAGUCUCAUCAGUGUUGUUCUGUUUCCUGUUUAAUCAAUAAAACAAUGAGUACUAGCAAUCUGAAAUCUGUUCACGUUGUGACUUUAUUGUAGAAAAUUGUCAUUUCUAAAACAAUUUACAGGGUCUGUAUUAAAGUGAUAUAAUAUAGUUUCAGUAAUUCUUCACCUCUGUGUGGUUUGACGCAACAGUGAAAUCAGUGAGCAGUUUUAAUGGUGUGGCUGAUCAUCUGAUUUAUGUGACAUAAAUAAUCCAGCGUCAAUCCGUUAACCAUCUUACCACGGCCUGGGCUCAGUGUGUCAUCAUACAGUAGGAGCAUCACUCCAGCAUCAUCCCCACUCGUACAAGCUCACUGACCUGAAUAGCGAGCACAUGAAUGUCAGCAGGGCCCGGCCAAUCAGCUCCAAGGAAAAAUGCUUAACACGCAUCCCUUACCAUCAGAGGAAACGGUCAGGGAAUGUGUGUCAUUGCUAUUCUUAGUGUGAAAUGCACCAAAUGGAUCCCCUCGUACCGAGUGGAUGAUUUGAUUUGGACGUUAAGCAUCGGCUUCAUGUCAGAGCAGAAAACAACAGUUUACAACGUCUGCAACGUUACACACAGAUAGGGGAAAAAAAAGCAUUUUGCAAAUCAGUUUCCAUCUCUAACCUGAGGUUAAGGGAGGGAAGCUGGUCUGAGUCAUGGGGUAAUGUGAGUCUGGUACAGGACAAAAGGUGAUUUUCUUCUUUUUUGCUAAAAAGCAUUAGCGCGGCGACACACAAAGACCUCACUAUAGUUUCGGAGGCCAGAGGCUUCAAGCUGAGCAACGAUGACCAUAAGUUGCCCAAGACAAACACAAGGAUUUUACCACAUCUGUUGAUGAUCCACACUGCACAGGGUGAAACCAUCCCACUCAGAAGAGAACAGCUUCCCCCUGAGGCUCCCACAUAACACAUGAUUGCUUCACAGGCACACCUGUGAUUUGGAGUUUUAAUAGUUUAUAUGUAUAUAUAUAAGCAUGCCUGUUUGUGCAACAUACCAGGCUCCUUAUGAGGCCUUACACCGUGUCAUGAAUGAGUGUGAUGAAUUCCAUUAUGUUCUGAUUACAAGAGCCAGUUUGUGUCAAUGGUUUCCUGUAUUUUAAAAGUGAAAAAUAAAACAUUCACAGUCA